AUGGCGGAAGCUGUACUGAGGCCCCCAACGGAUAUACAUGUACGUGCAAUCCUGGAACAACCGGAAGGAGAUGUCAAAAAGGUGAAUACAGACAUUAGUGAAUAUAUCGAUGAGUGUGCCAGCUCCCCGUGUCGGAACGGUACGUGCGUUGACAUGCUCAACCGUUUCGAAUGCCGAUGCGACCCAGGAACAACCGGACAAUUCUGCCACUAUCUUGAUCCGUUUGAGAGUUGUCCGGAGAACGUUAGUGUUAACCUGCCCCAUGGUGAGACACACGCCUACGUCACUUGGGCCGAGCCCCAAGUAAGAGCUUCAUUCAACACGACGUUGGUCAUUGCUCCAGACGCAGUUGGGUCUCCAUUCCCAAUCGGGCUUCACAAAGUGGAAUAUCGAUAUAAUACUACGAGCCGUGUGCAAGGAUGUACUUUCUACGUCAACGUCACAGGACGAACGGAACCUUUUGUACAGAGCUGCCCUCAGGAUUUCCAAGUCGCCCUGCCGCCAGAUCAGGUCAAGGCCUAUGUCACGUGGUCUGCACCGACGGUGAUUGGCGGCAACAGCAGUCACGUGCUUCGAGUUUUCAACUCCCAGAAUGCCACGGUCAAAGCUGGUACCCUGCUCCCGACUGGUAACCACGAGUUCACGUACAAGGUUUGGCAGAACGUCUCCCUUUGUGAACCGCUGGACAUGUGUUCUUUCAACGUCAACGUCACGCACUCUGGAAACGAAGGGGCAGUGACACACUCUGGAGACAAUUUCUACUGUUCCAGCACAAGCACCGUGAUUGUCGGUUGUACAUUGUCUGUUGCCCUUAUUGCGGCCGCUGGUUUUGGACUGAUGUAUUUCAGGACCAAACGAAAUCUAUCCAGGGCUGGAUCACGUUCCAUGCCACCCAUUCCCAAGACAAUCAACAACAUCAGUAACUUGGGCGAUGAGCGGUCUAGGUACCAGACCAACUCCAAACAGCUCCCGCCCGUCCCGCCGCCCAAGCCUGGUCCGGUACCCGAUGAGAACAAUUACGAAGCGUUGGACAACUACGGGUACUUGUGCCUUGAGUUUCAGAAGCAUAACAGGGAUGCUUAUCAGCUGCCUAGAGCCGUGUACGAGGUGCCCAAACAUCUCAAUGAGUAUUAG